GACCAUAAAAAACUCCAAGAACUGGCAUUUCAAAAUUUCCAAAACUCAAAACUCAAACCCCUUCUCUCUUGUGAACAAACCUCCGGUGACGAACACCCCUCAUCCCCCCUCUCGAUCUCUCUCGGGUCGCCGUUGCUGGUCGUUUUCCGGCGAUGGUUCGCCUGCAACUCUCAUGUGACAACGAUGAUGAUGAUGAUGAUGAUGGCUGUGAUAGAAGAUGGAGGCGCGAAGGAGGAGCCGCCACCCCUCCGCGGUGGUGCAGGGCGGCUACAGCCGCGAUUCAGCGGCGGCGGCGGAAUUUAGUGACGGAUCAGGCGGCUCAUAUCAAAGGCUCCGUCAUGGUGGUUAUUACGGUUCGAUGGGUUCGGUUUGGUGCAUCAUCAGCACGGUUUCUGGUUCGAGUUCAACACCUCAACAGAGUUGGUUCGGAUUUUGUUUCGACUCGGUCAACACCCGAGUCAACUCGGGUCAACAGACGGUCAACGAAGUCAACGGCGGUCAAACUAGUCAAGUCGGGUCAACAAGUCAGCCCCGAUUCGAUUACGGUUCAACUCGUUUCGGUUAUGGUUCAAGACUGGUUCGAAUGGGUCAACUGGUUUCGGUUCGGGUUUCGGGUCAACGCGUCAAUCGGGCAAACUUUAGUCAACGACAGUCAACUGUCGGGUCAAAGGCGGUCAACUCAGGACCCGGAAUGCUUUAUUUGCACGCUAGCGAGUUCACUUUCAUGGAAUGACAUCACGGAAUCACGCUAGGCUAGCUUUGCACAGGAACGUCAAGGU